AUGUCUCAACCAGUGUCGCCCUAUCCCACACAAUCAUCCUUUUACUCAACUCCCACUAUGAUCAACCCAGCUCUGAACGCUGACACACCUCCACCUCCUCCACCCAAACCAAGUAGCCACGAAGCAAGCCGCGGAGGCACUCCUCAGAACCCAUCCAUGCCAGCGCCUCAACAACCUAUACCCUCUGGCUACCGUCCAGACGCGCAAAUGACAAGCGCCCAGCAAUCACCAUACCCUCAACAAGCCCCUCUCCCCGCGCCCCCGACAAUUGAGGAAGGGUGGCUGCCGGAAGAGGUCAAGGACAAGUCGACCGUGGACCUUCAAUCAAUCCUCCAAGAUCCAAGCCUAAUCUCCGCCCUUGCAAGCCAACACCCCUCCCACACCGCCCGCCAAGAAAGCCUCGAGUCUCUCCUUCAAGUAAACAAGGAACUCGCCUCGCGCGUCCUUGAAAUGCAGAACCACAUUUCAGAAGUCCGAGCCUCCACGGAAACAAUGCUUCUCCAGCACCAGUCACUCGAGGUUUCAUGGCGCAAGAAGCAAACCGAAAUGGAUACAGCAUUAGCUCCUUGGUCGCCGAAGGGAUUAUACCAACGACUCAGUGCGGCGAUCGCGGAACAAGAGGCGGUGUGCCAAGCUGUGGAGGAGAGUUUCCUAGACGAAGAACAUCAUGGGCGUGCGACGGAGAAGGAAAUUACAGAUUGGGUCCGUCGUGUACGAGCGGAAGCUUCAAAGUUAGCAUCGAGGAAGGAAGCCAAGGCGCGGUGGGAUGAGGGUCGAGUAGGAGGAUGGCGCUAA